UGUUGCGGUAGAUGCGCUCCGAGCAGAUUUGGAAGCUUGGAGAAGGUACUAGUACUACUACUACUAGCUAGCAAAGACGUCGUAGCGCUACCAAGUACAGUAACCAUGUCUCGCUGCAUAUUUCUGGUUUUGUUCCUGGCUCUUGUAAAUGAACUCCACCUCUCUCACACGACUGAGGUGGCUGUCAAUGACAAAGACAAUAAAUUAUGCCUCUAUGCCAAUUUGAUGGUCAACUUCUCAGUCACCUAUGAAGUUACUCCGAAUCAGACCCAAGUGGUUCUUAUUGUACUGCCUGAAAACGUGACUACAGAUGGAAGCACCUGCGAAAACACAACAUCGACAUUGAAACUAAAUUUUGGAGACGGGCACAGCUGGGCUAUUAAUUUCACAAAGAACACCGAAACGUAUCAAGCAGACGCCAUCGUCUUUGCCUACAACCUCAGUGACUCCAGCUUCUUCCCAGGCUCAGUGUCAAACGAAACAAAGUCUGUGACCGGAAAGCCAGCAAUCACCAAAGUGGGCGUGGACACGUACUACUCCUGCAAGAGUGAAGUCCUGACAGAAAUGUCAGUCACUCAGACCCUGUACGAUGUUGCUCUUCAGGCGUUCGUGACCAACGGCAGCAAAAGUGAGAAUGAAACCUUGUGCGCUGCUGACAUUCCCACCACCUCCUCGGCGCCGACCACGGUUGUCACUCCCACGGCUGCCCCCACUUCCAUCCCUACGCCUACCCCUACUCUACCGACGCCCGCUACAGGAGUGUACAAAGUAGUCCCCGGCGAAAACAGCACGGCCUGCCUGAUGGCCACCUUCGGCCUGCAGCUUGGCUACAAGCAAGGACAAAAAGAGGAGACCAUCAACCUGGUGCCCAAUGUGACUCACGUGAACGGAACCUGUGGGGUCAACGUCAGCGAUCUCGUACUGACGUCGGACACUAUCAACGCCAUGUUCACUUUCACCAAAGACAGCAACAAGUUCCGCCUGCACGGUCUGAACAUCACAAUAACGCCAGCCACCGGUGUGGUCUUCACGGCAAGCAAUACCAACCUGUCACUUUGGGAGGCGACCGUAGGCAGCUCCUACAUGUGUAACAAGGAGCAAACCUACAAUGUCACCGACACACUCACCCUCUACACGUUCGAACUUCACAUCCAGCCCUUCGGAGUGAAAAACGAGCAAUUUGAGACAGCACAUGAAUGUUUAACGGAUGACACCAGCGUCUUAAUCCCAGUCGUGGUCGGGGCCGCCCUGGCCGGCUUGAUUGUCAUUGUAGUGAUCGCUUACAUGAUUGGUCGAAGAAAGACCUACGUGGGUUAUCAGACCCUCUAAAGAGCAGUGUGAAUAACCUGCGCAGAGCUUUAUCCCUCUGUUGGGGGAAGGGGUCCCAAAGCCUGAUCCUGGGUGGAUGUGUCUGUGCAAUCUUUUCCCUUGUCGACUGAUUCACAACUGGAAUAGUCUGACUUCUUACUUCAGCCACUUUUGAAGGCCCAGUGCAGCGACAGUGUGCUUUUCCUUGUGUUUUUAUGUAGUCUUAAGUUGAAUUUGAUCGGUGUUAUUGCUCGUGUUCCUCGUUUAAAAUACAAUCUAGACAGGACAUUUUAAUCAGGUCUGUGUGGGUCAGUUAAUAGGCCAAUAAGAGUUCAAAACCUCUCUGUCAAUUACUGCUAGUUUUCAGUUUCACACCCAGAGAGUGCUAUGCAUCGCCUUGCUUGACAAUUUCAGCACAAAACAAUUGGAUUGGAUAUCAAUUACAGUAAGACACUAUUGUUACUAAGGAAUUGUUUUAUAUUGAAAAAAGAAACCGCUGCAUUGGGCCUUUUUAGCGCUGCUCUUAUACUUUAGCUCAUUCUAGUAUCUUUUAGACCUGGGCUUGAGUAGCAUUAUUCAGGUAAAUUAGACAACUUUAAUGUCUCUCCAGGACCAGGUUGGACAUCCCUGUUUAUUUUUGUGUAAUUUUCCUUUUUUUGUUUUUUUAUUUAGAUUUUGUUGUUUUCUUCCACCCUUUUUCCCAAUAUUGUUGUAACGGAGCAAGUGCAACGAGUUCUCUGGGUUAGCCAGUAUACUUUGUCAGAACACUUAAACCCAAUAAGUGAGCCUUACUGUAAAAUCUCUAAAGGUAGUUGUACCUAUUAUACAUUUUUCCUUUCAUCACUCUGUGUAAAGACUUGCCUGUGUAAAGACUUGCCUGUGUCAGAGAAGUGCAGUCCAAUUCCUUGUGCUGCAGUUUGCACGUUUCCCCUGAGACGUUGACAGUUUAGGGCUGUGCCCGUGUCACUAUGAAUCAUGCACUUGCUCCUCCCAUCCCUUUGACAUUCAUUAUUUUUUUCCUUAUGUUUUUUUUUUUUAUGUUUGUGUACCUUUUUUUUCAAUUAUUUCUUUUUCGGUUUCAUUCAUCCUCAAUUUUAACAAUGAGACCUUUCAACACACUUGAAUAUUUUUGAAUGUGCCUUUUGGCUCGUUGCAGCCCAACUGAAUUGUGCUGCCUGAGUAUACAGAGCCAAAGAGACAAGAUUGAGUAGCAUUGUUUGAUUGAGCUCAGUAACUCCUUAACCAACCACAAGUAAGGUCGGCUGCUUUGUGCCCUUUGCUCUCUGUUCCUUACUGAUAGUUCACUGUGCAGUCAGUAGUUUGAAUCUAGAAAUGUAUAACUUGUAUAAGAAAAACAUGGGUGUUGUUGAAAAACAUGGCCUUUUCUAAGUAGACGUUCCCAAUAUAAUCUAAACUUGGAUGUUCAGACACCGCUCUAGCUGACUGUAUGGUUAUCACCAAUGUCAGUGUGUCUCGAUAGCCUUUCUGACUGACUUGAUCUGGCCUCCUUUGUGUAUUCUGAAAUCAGCCAUGAUGUGUUAACUUUGGGAAGUCCAAGUCUCGGCAGGAGGAUGUACAAAAUGAAACCUGAAAAGAAACAACUAAAAAACCCUAUUUCUGUCAUUGUGUUGGCAUUAGGUUUAAAAAGGGAUAGCUGUAGUGUAGUUUGGUGUAAUUUAAAACCUGGUAUUAGCAGAUGUAAUACUGUUUUGUUUUUUUACAUUUAAGUGCACUAUAUGCCUUAGUACGAUUUAUGUACAUUGAAAAUGCAUGUUGCGAUGUGACACCUGUGUAUUUGGCUGUUGCUCCUGAAAGGGAUCUGUUUGUAGGAGGGCACUUGGGAACAGGGCCAGCGUCAAUUCCAUUUUGGACUGAACUCUAGUCAGUAUUCAUGUUUUCCUCACAUGUUUGUCUGUGAAGAAAAUGGCCAUUAUAAUUAUUUUGAUUCCAGAAUUUACUGAAAUGAAAUGUAAUCAUCCCAAACCUGCCCUGUUGAGCCCUGUGUUGAACCCAUUGACAGUGGGAGCGAGGAUUGUCUGCCGGAUGUCAGUGUGUGAAGGUUUGUAUAGUUAGAUGGAAUGGUGACGAAGUCGUAGCUGCUGUGUGUUAUGCCUUUGUCAUAGGGCAGAGGUUAGCAUGAGACGUGAACUAAGCUGAUUGCCGUUGUUGACGCUUUUACUUGCUUUUGAUCAAUCAUUCAACCACAUUUUCUUUCAGACGCUGUAUUAGUGAAUGACCCACUUGGUUGGUUGUUGUCAAAUGUACUUUUCCUGCUUCCAGUGUGUGUUGUCUUGGAAAUUGACUGCUGUGUAAAUCUUGUUUGCAGCUAUGAUUCUAAUAUUGGCUUUUCUGACCCUGUAUGAAAAUCAAUUAUAAAAUUCCCUGGCCUCUGAAACACACAUUUACUAACCGCAAUAUUCAUUUCAAUCAAAUGUUAUGAUUAUGACUUUGUGCCUUUCUCAGCGAAGAUUGUCUUUGCGAUUAAGUUCAAGUUUGGAUACUUUUACAUUCAUAAAUACGAUUGUAUGGCUCCUAUUGUCCUAAGACUUGUCAGCGGUUUCUAAGACAAAUGUCACCUUAUUUCUGAUUUCAAAAAGGCCCUUUGAUAAAAGCGAAACCCCAGUUAUAGGAUAGGCUUAGCCUUCAAAUUAAGUUCAAUUUUGUAGCUCCAAACAAAACAUUUUUUGGAUAGUUUUUUUUCAUAGACUGCAGUCAAUGAAGAUUAUGUGCAUAUAAAAUGACUGUUGUGGACCAUUUAGUAGUUUGCAAUGAUGAAAAUAAAGUGUGUUAUUGGGCUCCUGGA